AUGCCACAAGCAGCCAACGACCUUCAAGAAUCACUACAUGGUCUAGAGAUAGACAAUCAGGAUACGGGCCGGGGGAGCAUCAAACCGGCAUCCCCGAUCAUUGCAGUAUCUCUCCUCACUGUCCCCACCCCUCCCGACUCGCCGAGCCUCUCACCCACAGAUGAUGCAUAUUCAGAGCACUCUCAUCCACCAGAUUACUUUCAGGAAUCGCUCAUCGCAACAUCAUGCACUGCCCUUGAUAUCGCCCUCCGUGGUGGCUUCCCAUAUCGGCGCAUAACCUCACUCUCUAGCGCCCACAACGUAGAGCGGUCAUUGCUCGCAAUGCAUACAGUAGCUUCACAUUUGAUUGAAAGGCCACAUGCGCACGCUGUGUGGGUUGACACUGAGGGUUUGUUCUCUGCUGUAAAGUUGGGAGAGGUUAUUGCGGGUAAAUUAGAGGAUGCAGGGGAAACCGGAAAAGAAAUAACGAUAGGCAGCGUGUUGGACCGCGUAACGAUCUAUAGGGUCGUGGAUAUGCAUGAACUACUCGAAGUGCUAAAGGAAGUCAAAAGUGAGAUACAGGAUGAAGCCAAGGUAGGAGUAGAGAUGACAGAGGUGGAGAUGCGGUUGAGUGAAGUAGAGAGGGUAGUCGAUGAUAGCCAGGGUAAUAAAGAUGACGAGGGGCUUCCCCAAGAAGAGUUGGAAGAAAAAGUCAUCCAAGACAGCCAGGAAGAAGAAGAAGAAGAAGAAGAAGAUUGGGACGAUGACGAAGAUCAGAGGAAAGAGGAAGAGGUCAAACUGCAAAAGGCGGCAGUGAAGGAACAAGAAAAACCAUCAAGCCCUCAGCAAACAAUAGGAGUAAUAGUAGUCGAUACAAUCACCCACCUCCUUCCAGACCUAAAAUUUACGCCUCGCAUCAACCUCCGCGGCUAUCAGAAGGACACUUACGGAGGAGAGGAUAAGUGGCACCAGUCCGAGAAACCUGAGGCUGCGGCGUUAUUUGUGGACUUCUCCCGCGCGUUCAAUCUAUUCGCGAAUGCCACAAAGACAUGUCUUUUACUGCUGAACGAUGUAACCUCUGUCCCGUAUGAUGAGGACGUUUAUGUCCGCGGCCAUGAGCUGCCACCGAGUAGAUUUCAUUUUCACACCGGGGUUAAGCCUGCACUGGGACCAGUCUAUGCGGAAUACGUAGAUUUGUCGAUUCUACUGUUCAAGCAGCCCCAAGAUGUUAGCGUGGAACCUGGAAGCGUAAAAUUGCAGGGAGACGGGGAAGAGAGAGAAGGAGGGGAGAUUUGGGUGGCUGAGGUGUUGAACGAUAGGCACGGAGAUAGUAGUGGGCGGAGAGAGAGACAAGCUUCAGAUCCGGAUUUUGCAGGGGUUUAUGAUUACAGAUGGGGAGAAGCAUAUCCCACCCUCAUGACAACCACCCCUCGUCAUUACGCCGCCCCCCGAGAAUUGAUCGUGCUGACGCCGCCCGCGCCCUGGAAACCGCUCAACCGCCCGCGCAAGGCCGAGGUCCUCGAUGACACCAAUCUCGAGAGCGGCGCGCGCAACCUCCUUACGUUUGAGCACCCUGGCGGUGUGCUCGAUGCAACGCAGAUGGAGAUCUCGCUGUACAGGCCCGAAAGGUUGCGUGUGUCGCGCGAGCGGUAUAACCAGAUGGUUGAAGAGCUUGACAAUGCGUUCCUGCGGCUGCAGUUGUGGGAGUACUACAGCGAGUUUGUGAGCAGAACUCCGGAGAAGGCGAUUGUACCGCUGCGCAAGACGGCGAAGAAGUCGCAGGUGCUCAACACGAUUUUGAGGAAUCUGUGGGGUAUUGAGGUGACUGAUGAGAUUGCGGAGAGGGAGGACGUGCUCAUCACCAGAGAGAUCACGAGCAGGAGGAGGGACCUGUUCUUCAUGGUCGGGGAAGAUGGACAUGUUCUCAGGACCUGGGCCCAGAAGUUCAUGACCAGGAUCACGGUCAAUGUUGCGAAGUCAACAAUACAGUUCCGCGGUUCACUGGCCAACAUUGAGCGCCUGUCAUUCGCCAUGGACGAGAUGCUCAAGACGAUCAUUACCGAAGAUAUCGACCUCUCAUGGACGUCAAAAUACGGCAACUUUACAGAGGACUACGUUACGCCAAUUGCGAGACUUACUAAUACUUUUAUCGAGAAAGUCGACGAAACCACCAUACGGGUUAUGGCACUUGGGCCCGAAAGGCAUGCAAUUGAUGAUGCGCGCCGACUACUCUACUCCGCUCUAAACAUGCAGAUCCGGUCAAACUACUCUCUAUUGUACAAUUCCCAUAGCGAUCAAGAGAGCCCCAAGGGCGCUCUAUAUAAAUUUUCGGAGGAUCCUUCAUUACCAUGGGUAUUCAGAGGCCGAGAUUGGGCCCGCUGGAGAAUCGUCAGGACCAAGCCAAACCCGGCCGCACAGGAGGCGGAGCCUAACCCCGACGAGGCGGAGCGAGGCACCAUCAAGAUGAAGGGAGAGCGGAGCUUAGGCCCACUCGAAAAUAUCCGGCAGAUCCUCGAUCAAAGCCCCAUUGCGGAAGUCGCAAUCGGCGAGCGCCCACCAGCAGAAUACCAGGCAAUUCUAGGCUGCAUUCUCCACGACUCAGAAGGAAACUCCGUACCACAAUCUCCCCAGACCCUCGAGGAAUUCAUCAAAGACGAGCGCCCCCGUGUUCUCUCCAACGAGUUUCCAGGUGUCUCCUUCAUUGCACAAGCACCUGUAAGCAGAAAGGACCCGAUGUGCGCCUACAGAGACGACUCGGCAAAACUCUUAGAUGAGGAUAUUGCCUACUCCUUCUCAGUCCGAUUCGCGGCGUCGCCCUGGUCACUUCCGGCGACAUUUGAUCAGUACCCCAUCCUUGAACUGACACUCCCAAUCGAUAGAUACACUGGCAAUAUCUUACAACCUACACUAAUCGCCCGUCACUCAGAAUCAGUAGCAGACAUGCUCAUGCCGAACCGACAAUGUGACCUCCGCUUCCUCCGCCAUGUGGACGUCCCACUGGCAAUGGGUACUGGGGAUGAACAUACCGUCGGUGGUGUCACCGUUGAGGAGCUAGAACGUUUCAAAGAGAACAGUAACCUGGACCUGAGCGGGAAAUCGAAGCUGCGAGUGGUCCCGACGCUUAAGGCAUCGGUGCCACAAUGGAUGAUGCAGCAUAUGCCCGAUCUACCAACUACAGAUGUGGAUUACCUAUUCGUGGGCAUGGAAUUUAGAAGAGAGCUAAACUUCGACUGGCAUGGGCUGCAGCUGAGGCACACCGUCAUUGAGGGCGGAGCAAGCGGUGGAAAGAGGACAGAGGUGAAGCUGAUCUGCAAUGGUCCUCUUGAAACUGAAGGAGUUCUGGAAGUCAAGACAGAUGAGGAGAUUCUGCAGACACAGGAGGAGGUGGAGAAGAAUAUGGAGCGCGAAGUUGAGGUCAAGGAGCUAGUGGCCGAAAAGGCAAAAUGGGAAGAGGAGGAAAUUGGUUCUAAUGAAGAGGUAGUACCAGAAGGUAAUGAGGUUGGCCUAGCAGCAGAGGUAGCGGAGCUGGAUGGCCAGGCAGAGGAGGCGGAAACGGAGAUUUCGCGGACAUCUACAGAAGUUCCGGAUUCGUCGUUUGCAGAGUUUGUGAAGGGCACCAUGUCGUUGGUGAAGUCACUUGAGUCCCGGAUCACACGGAGUACAAGGGACGGAAAAGGCAUUUUACGAUGA